UUCUGAGAAAGAAGUUGGCCUCAAUCUUCAGUGCCUGUGUCCUGUCCAAGAGAUGCCUCCAUACCUGCUCCCACCGGAAUAAAUCGAAUUUCCUGGUCCACCUGAUCAACCUCCUCUUUGGGUUGCUCAGUGUCUUCUACCUCACGUAUCUGGGAUCUUUCUUUGACAUCGAUGUGGAGGAGGAGGUGGAGGAGGAGGGUUACAGCAUGAUCUUCACCAUCCAGAAGUGGCAGGAGCUGAGCUGGGCCGGCCACUGGGUGACCUUCGCCCUCUGGGUCUUCUACCGGCUGCUGGGCUGAAGCACGAGCCCUCCCAGUGCGUGUGCAGAGAGAGAGAGAGAGAGAGGCUGGGGUCCAGAUGAAAUCGCACCGAGAGAUCCCUCGCUCCGACUGGGACCCCUUUGGGUAUUUUCUUUUUUAAACAUGGGAAACGAGGACUGGGUCCGGUCACGAUAGCUGCCAUUUUCCAGGCGCAUCAUCACAGUCCUGCAGACUUAACUUUUCAUCAGGAGUUUCUAUCGUCCGACUUCCCUAUCCCUCACUUGCCGCUUCUCCGAGACCCGGGAGUGGGGUCAGGAUGAACGUAAGGAGCAGGACUCAGAGGUGUUUUUUUUCCCCCCUCCCCCCUCACCCGUCUCCCAGCUCAACCCCAGACUGGUAUCGAGGGACAGUAACACUGCGAAUGCAGCAACAGGAGGAGGCCGUUCAGCCCCUCUUGAGCCUCUUUACACAUGAGCAGGAGGAGGCCGUUCAGCCCCUCUCGACUCUGUUACACAGGAACAGGAGGAGGCCCAUUCAGUCCCCAC